GUGGUCCCGCCUCUGGAUUAAACCCCUACCCUGCGGUCUGCGGCCGACAUUCUCGGUCCCGAUCCAAACCCUUUUGCCGCGGCGGCGCCGCCUCUCCGAUGAGCGUCUCCGAUGAGCUCCGGUCGCUAGAGGUCACGGGAAUCUACCGCCUCCCAGGCUCCCGCGCUGCCUUCUUGGACCCGGUGCGCCUGCUCAACGAAUCCUACAGGCGCUUCCGCCUCGUCCCCUCUUCGUACUACUCCCGAAGCUUCGGCCCGUCGAAUCAGGGAGGCGACGCGCAGGGCGAGCGGACGGCGCCGUCUCCGGAGCGGAAGAAGCGCAAGCGGAAGCGCCAGCCGAAGCCCCGGGAACUCAAUGCCGUGGAGCGGAUCGCGGAAGCGCGGCAUCAGGAAGCAAGGGCUUUGCUAAUUAGCGCGCAUAAAUCACUCCUUGAGGCGAAAGAUCUACUGGAGUUUCUUCCAGGGAUGGUCAAGGGAGAUGAAUGCAUGCAAGAUGUUCAAACUAGCUCUGAGAACAAUUUUGUUGAGCUUGGGAGCUCAUGGCGAGCACCUCUUUGUGAGAUGACUCUUUGCUUUCAGAAGCCCCAUGGUCAGGGCGAGGCAGGUCCCUGCCUUGUCCAAAGGAGGUCCAGUACGUUGUUUGAUAAGAUAAUCAGUAUUGAAGAAAAUGAUGAGGCGGAAGGAGAAUUUCAGAGUAGGCUCUAUAUUUUACCAAAAGGCAGUUGCUUCCUGAUGACUGACUUCAAACAUGUUCGUGAUCUCAUUCCUGAUAAUUCUAAUGAUGGUUACAACCUUAUAGUUAUUGACCCACCUUGGGAGAAUGGAUGUGUUCGUCAGAAAGAAGCGUAUCCUACACUUCCCAACAGAUAUUUGUUGUAUCUUCCAGUUCAAGAACUUGCUGAUCCAGCUGGAGCUCUUCUAGUUUUGUGGAUUACAAAUCGGGAGAAAUUGCGAAGAUUUGUUGAGGAUGAAUUGCUUCCAUCUUGGGGAGUUAAAGAUCCCACUGAGUUUUAUUGGCUGAAGGUGAAGUCGGAUGGUUCACUCAUUGGUGAUUUGGACUUGUUCCAUCACAGGCCUUAUGAGUGUCUUCUUCUUGGCUACAUAAAUGUUAAUAGAGAAGCUGAACCAGGAUCAAAUUUUAAGUUUCUGCAAGCUAGCCAAGUAAUUAUGAGUGUCCCGGGUGCACACUCAAGGAAACCUCCCCUUCAGAAAAUACUUUCCGAAUUUAUUCCUGGUUCUAAACCUCCAAGGUGCAUUGAGCUUUUUGCAAGAGAGUUGGGUUCUGAAUGGACCUCUUGGGGAAACGAGCCACUUCAUUUUCAGGAUUCCAUGUACUUCACGGAGAAGUAAAUUACAACAACACGAUAUGUGCAUUUUGAAUCGAUGAAAUGCUUUGUUGUUAUGUCUCAUGUUUUUCCGUAAGUAGUUCCUUCUUCCCAUUCUCUUACAUUUUCUAGCAAUGCACCCAUGCCUUGGCUUUACAAUAUUGUAUUUAGCUCCUCAGGUUAUUUGUUAAUGUGAGAAAAAACCACACCAUAAGCCAAAAAAAUGCCUCAUAUGGUUGUCCAUAUACAUCGUGGGAUUCACUACUGCAGAAACGCUUAUAGCCGCUAUGCGUCUAGUGACAGGCAAACUAGUGACAAGCUCGUAUAAGCCUGUCGCUAGUACGAAACACUAGUGACAAGCGCAUAAAAAAGCCUGUCACUAGCAGUUUUUGCGGAGACCGGCUGAAAGGUCAAAUGUGUUAGCGACAUUCAUUGAAAACUAGACAAAUAUUUUUUAUUUUAUUAAGUUGGCUAACAUUUUGAGGACGAGCGUAUCAGACGUGGCUCAUCUUAAACAAAUACCACACGAAAAAUCUUUACGGCACGAGCUUGAGAUGAUAGAAGGAACAAAGAUUUUGAUACGGAGUAGAUGCAUGAAGCCAAGUUUCCUUCAUUUUCUUUUAUUUCCUCUCUCACGGUCCUCCACUGUGUUAGAUGUAGGUAUGUGACUAGCAGCGUCCAGCCAGGUUUUUAGAAAGUACUGAAUCUGAAUCUACGUGCAAAUGCAGAUUGCACGUAAAACAGUUAGCCAGGUUAAGCACAUCAUCAGUGUCCUGCGCCAUUUAGGUCCAUACAAAGAAGAUGUAAUGAAAGAAUUUGCACCUCAACAAGAUGGUGGAAAUGUAAAACAUUGAAAGGAACUUGCAGCUAUGCAUAUGAACAACACAUGUACAUGGUGGUGCCGUUCUUUGGAGUUCAAGCUUCUUACUACAUAACAAACUACUCUUUGUUGUCUAUGAUAGAUUGCAAGUUCUUAUACCAUUGUGUUAGUUGUACAAAUAUUAUGUCACAUUGGGUGAUGUGAACGUAUCACUGGUACAAUAUCUUAUUGUGCUAUAUGAAAUAUCCGUGGAAAAUGUAUUUUAUCUGUAUAUCA